CUUGUUUUGCUAGCAUGAUGCGCUUAACGACGCUUUUCCUCCUCAAAUUUGCACUCUGAAGCCUCACGCACGAUUUUCCCAUUUUCUUAUAAAGCCAAUCAUGUGAACAAACCAAGUCAUCAUUGCUCAUCUCUGAAUCUACCAUGGAGGGAUCAAGUUCAAAACACAGCAAGAACAUCCUCAAAACUCCAGCACUUCUUCAGUACAUCCUUGAAACGAGUAGCUAUCCGAAAGAACACGAGCAAUUGAAGCAACUCAGAGAGGCAACGGCACUGAAAUACGGAUUCUGGAGUGUAAUGAAUGUGCCGUUGGAUGAAGCCCAGUUCAUAUCUAUUCUUCUAAAGGUCAUGAAUGCCAAAAAAACACUGGAAAUUGGAGUCUUCACUGGUUAUUCUCUUCUCACUACAGCUCUUGCUAUUCCUUCUGAUGGCAAGGUAACAGCAAUUGAUGUGAAUAAAGAAGCGUACGAGACUGGGUUGCCUUUCAUUCAGAAGGCAGGAGUGGAGCACAAAAUUGACUUUAUCCAUGGGGAUGCAUUAUCAGCUCUCAACGAUCUUGUUGAUGCAAAACAUGAAGAAUCAUUUGAUUAUGCAUUUGUGGACGCUGAAAAGGAAAACUUCAUCAAGUAUCACGAGGUGUUAUUGAAAUUGGUGAAGAAGGGUGGGAUAAUUGCAUAUGACAAUACCUUAUGGGCUGGUUCUGUGGCCAUGUCUGAGGAGGAUGAGAUAGAAGAUAUAAUAAGGCCAAAAAGGAAGCAUGCAAUUGAAUUCAACACCUACAUAGCAAAUGAUACUCACGUGGAAUCAACAAUCCUCUCUGUUGGAGACGGUGUAACCCUCUGUCGUCGUCUCUAAUCUCCACAAAGGGAAGAAAGAAACAACAACAAUAUUUAAAGUACUCAUCCACUUCUAUUUUCCAAAUUGUAUUUCUGAUUUCAAGGAAGCUGAGUAUUAUGUACUUUCAUUCCCAACAUGUAUUGUGUGUAGUUUGAUUAAAUAACUCAUUUUAUGAGCUGUUAUUAUGCUUUAUUUAAUAUUUUUAUCAUCAUUUUAUUUCA